UGGUGCCUGUAUGUAAAUGCAAGUUUUCAACUUCAUCUGUGUCUAUCUCUUGAUUCCCGCGAUCAGUCAAGUUCAACUCUUCUGAAAUUUACUCUAUGGUACUCAGUCCAUCUUCCCUCAAAUUUUUGUGGCGAUUGAUGUUGUAGUGGGCGCGUUCUUGUGCUUGGUCGCUUUGGCGGGUGCACAGCAGGGUGGUUGCGCCGCGUAGAUACGAGUCUCACAUUUUUUUAGGGGAGGGGCUGCGUGUUGCGCCGACAAGUUUGAAGCCUACAGUGGACGGAAUUUGCCAAAUCUUGGUUCCCUAGAUAGCUACUGGCAUAGUCUACUGCUGUAAGCCUUUAGCCUUCGGUGGAUGUAUGCCAGUCGCGCUGCUAAUCUGUGUAAAACGAUAUUUUUUGUUCCUCCGCUUACUUUUUUUUUUUCUGUCGUGCAGCACUGAUUGGAGUUUUGGCGGUGGUUGGUGGAGCGAGGUCUCGCAUCCCGUGGGGGGCACUUGUGUUCGCCGAUGUACAACUUGGUGUUGCGCCCCCCUCGGCUUGCGAUUUUCACGGAUGCCUCCAAAUCCGCCUUUGGCGGUUUUUGCGCCGAAACUGGAGCAUACUUUCGGCGGGCGCUCACGAGCGACGAGCAGUCUCGUUUCGUGGGCUCUAGCAAGUCGGUGGAGGGUGUUGAUGACAUUAGCAUCAACGUGUUGCCGGAAGCGGGGAAUCGCGUCCAAUUGAGGGGCGACAAUGAGGACAGUGUGGCAUGGAUUCAGCGGUGUCGAGGGGGCAAGGAGCCUCGAUCGAGCGCGCUCAUGCGCAUGUUGGGGGCGAUUGAAGUGUCCAGCGGUUGGUUAUUUCAAUCUUCGCAUGUGCCGGGCGUGCUCAACUCGAUCGCUGACGGAAUUUCUCGAUGGCAACCCGAUGACGUUUACGACAACCUGUGUGCCGCUGCUCCACAUGUGCGUUGGCAGGAAGUGGAGUCGGACGAAGCUGCGCACAAGAUGUGCUCCGCCGUGCUGGGGAGCACCGGAGGUGUGUUGUAG